AAGAUAUAAUCUUUUGGAUCAAUAUGUAUAAACCUAAAGGACGUCUGGACCAAUUGAGAGGUUGUGAAAAAUAAAUAUAUGAUUAGUAAAAAAAUUAUUUAAUAAAAUUAUAUUUUAUUAUUUUUAAAAUAAUUAUAUGAAGCAAUGGAUCGUAAAUAGAAAAAAAAAAAAGAAAAGUUGCGAAUAGCAGCAAUUUCCAGUAUAAAAAACGUACCAAACUAAAUAAGAGUUUUUUACUUGGAAAGGCCGAACAAUAAUCCCAUUAACCGAUUUCUAUGCUUGCCGCCUAAUUCGAACUUAUUUUGCCUCCAAAUCACCUUACCAUCAUUAUCAUCAUCGAGGAACUCAAACCCUAAACCACGUCGAUCCUGUCCAAUGGCGCUCCCCUUCUCCCAUUCCAUCCCCUCCCCCGUCUCCCUCCACCCAAUGCCCUCGCAUUUGGCCGCGGACGCGCCCGCCGUCCCCGUCCUCCCCCGCUCGACCGACCAACACCACCACAAGCUCGUCAUCUCGGGGGGUGGCCACCUCUCCGGCCACGUCCCCAUCAGCGGCUCCAAGAACUCCGCCCUCGCCGUGCUGGCCGGCGCCCUCUGCUGCUCCGGCGGCGCCGUGGAGGUCCGGGGCGUGCCCGACAUCUCCGACGCCCGCGCGAUGGUGGCGAUCCUCCGCUCCCUGGGGGCGCAGGUGCAGGAAAGGGGCGGCGGGGAGUUGGCGGUGGACUCCACGUCGCUGAGCUCGGCGGAGCCGGCAGCGGACGAGGUCAGGAAGAUCCGGGCGGGGUUCUUUGUGCUGGGCCCCCUGGUCGCGCGGCUUGGGGAGGCGGCAGUCGCUCUGCCGGGCGGGUGCAGCAUCGGAGCGCGCCCUGUUGAUCUCUACCUCCGUGGCCUCUCCGCUCUCGGCGCUGUCGUGGAACUCAGGCAUGGGAAAGUGCAUGUGAAGGCAGCAAAUGGCAGAGGACUCACCGGAGGACGGUUCCAUCUCGAUUACCCGAGUGUUGGCGCAAGUGAAACCCUCAUGAUGGCGGCUUCAAUGGCAGAGGGAGUGUCCGUGCUCACCAACGUAGCUCAGGAACCCGAAGUGGCAGACCUCGCUCGGUUCCUCCUCGCCUGCGGGGCGCAGAUCAAAGGGGUUGGCACUCGCACGCUUGUCAUCGACGGUAGAAGGUCGUUGCAUGGAGCUCAGUUCACCGUGAUACCGGACAGAAUAGAAACCGGCACUUUCAUGGUUGCAGCAGCAAUUACCCGAUCUUGUAUUUCGUUGUCCCCUGUCAUCCCUUGUCAUCUAACCAGCAUCAUCGACAAGCUCUCUGCGGUUGGCUGUAGGAUUUCGCAGAAGGGAGAUGGCAUUCUUGAGGUUUCAGCUGCGACGGCAACCGCCGGUGGUGAUCUUCGAGGGUUGUAUCUCAAGACAUUGGCUUAUCCAGGCUUUCCUACGGAUCUUCAACCUCAGUUCAUGGCCUUGUUGACAACCUGUGGUGGACCAAGCAUCGUUGAAGAAUCUGUUUUUGAGAACCGAAUGCACCACGUGAAGGAGUUGCAAAAGCUGGGUGCCAGAAUAGAAGUUCAUGGGAGGUCAGCCUUUGUUAAAGGGAGAACAACACAAAGGAAUGUUGCUCUUUCUGGUUCAAAAGUUGAAGCAGCUGAUUUGAGGGGUGGAGCUGCCCUGGUUCUAGCGGGAAUGGCCGCGAGAGGAGUCACAGAAGUUGUGGGUGUCCAUCAUAUCGAUAGAGGCUAUGAGAACUUUGAAGCGAAGCUUCUCAACCUGGGAGCAGAUAUAAGUAGAGAGGUGAUCUGCUAACACAAUUGUAUGUUGAGAUUUAGUAGUCAAGUAACUAAAAUUGUCAUAAUUUGUAUAACCACGACUUCCUGAUAUCUGUAAGCUACUACGACCUGUUUAACUUAGAAUCUGUUAC